CCCUCCUCCGCUCGCUGCUCCGCUCUGACCCAGCAAGGCUGCCGAGACCCCUACCCGCCGUCCCCGUGAUGCCCCCGCGGCUGUCCCUCCACUCGCUGCUCCUCAUGGCUGCCUCCGCCUCCUCCUCCGCCGCCGCGGCCGGCGGGGACUCGGGUCUCCUCCUCGCCGCGCGCCGCCGCCUCCCCGUCGCCGCGGCCGCGGCCGCCGCGGGGGGCCACCGCAUCCGGCUGCUCCACUCCUUCGCGGGGGGUCGCGUCACCAGGCGGCUCGAGGUGGCCUGCUGCGUCCGGAGCGCCCCGGGCGCGCGGCCCGCGGGACCCGUCACCGUGCGCUCCAGGAACGUUCAUUCGGAGAACAACUACAAGGCUGCAUCUGAGGAGAGACUUGGGCAGCUCGUUCAGAAGUUGAAAAGUGAAGGUAUUAAUCCCAAGCAGUGGAGGCUUGGAAAUUUUCAGCGCAUGAUGUGCCCCAAGUGCAAUGGUGGAUCUAAUGAGGAGUUGAGCCUCAGUGUCUACAUCCGAAUGGAUGGUACGAACGCAACAUGGACUUGUUUUAGAUCGACAUGUGGGUGGAGAGGUUUUAUCCAGCCUGAUGGAGUUCCCAAGGUAUCCCAAGCGAAAGGUGACAUAGAAAGUGAAACGGAUCAAGAGGUCGAAGCUAACAAGGCAGCAAAAAAGGUUUACAGAAAAAUCAGCGAAGAGGACCUCAAUCUUGAGCCACUUUGCGAUGAGCUUGUAACGUACUUUUCUGAGAGAAGGAUAUCCGCGGAAACACUUCGAAGGAAUAAAGUAAUGCAACGUAAAUGGAAAAAUAAGAUAUCCAUUGCUUUCACCUACAGACGUGAUGGUGUUGUUGUUGGCUGCAAAUACAGGGAAGUUGAUAAGAAAUUUUCACAGGAGGCAAACACGGAGAAAAUUUUUUAUGGUCUGGAUGAUAUAAAGCGUGCACAAGAUAUUAUCAUUGUUGAGGGUGAAAUUGACAAGCUGUCGAUGGAUGAAGCUGGCUAUCGUAAUUGUGUUAGCGUGCCUGAUGGUGCACCACCAAAAGUAUCCAGUAAAAUCCCAGACAAAGAGCAGGAUAAGAAGUAUCAAUAUCUGUGGAACUGCAAAGACUAUCUUGACUCGACAUCUAGGAUAAUACUUGCCACCGAUGCUGAUCCUCCAGGCCAGGCUCUGGCUGAAGAACUUGCUCGUCGACUUGGUAAAGAAAGAUGUUGGAGAGUUAAGUGGCCAAAGAAGAAUGAGACAGAUACUUGCAAAGAUGCAAAUGAGGUACUGAUGUUUUUAGGUCCGCAAGCAUUGAGAAAGGUUAUAGAAGACGCGGAACUGUAUCCUAUAAGAGGCCUUUUUGCAUUCAAAGAUUUCUUCCCUGAGAUUGAUAAUUACUAUCUUGGAACCCAUGGGGAUGAGCUUGGUAUUCAUACUGGAUGGAAAUCUAUGGAUGACCUUUACAAGGUUGUGCCUGGGGAGUUGACUGUAGUAACAGGAGUACCAAAUUCUGGUAAAAGUGAGUGGAUUGAUGCGUUGUUGUGCAAUAUAAACCAAGAAAGUGGGUGGAAAUUUGUUCUGUGCUCAAUGGAAAACAAGGUCAGGGAGCAUGCUAGGAAACUCUUAGAGAAGCGCAUUAAGAAACCAUUCUUUGAUGCUAGGUAUGGUGGGUCUGCAGAGCGAAUGACUCCUGAUGAAUUUGAAGCAGGAAAACAAUGGUUGAAUGAAACUUUUCAUCUUAUCCGGUGUGAAGAUGAUAGCCUUCCAUCUAUUAAUUGGGUUCUUGACCUUGCGAAAGCUGCAGUUCUAAGACAUGGAGUGCGUGGUCUUGUGAUUGACCCUUACAACGAACUUGACCAUCAGCGCCCCUCAAACCAAACAGAGACAGAGUACGUCAGCCAGAUUCUUACCAAGAUUAAGCGCUUUGCUCAACACCAUUCAUGUCAUGUAUGGUUUGUUGCUCAUCCUAGACAGCUCCAUAACUGGAAUGGAGGCCCACCAAAUAUGUAUGACAUAAGUGGAAGUGCACAUUUCAUAAACAAAUGUGAUAAUGGAAUUGUGAUCCACAGAAACAGGGAUAAAAAUGCAGGCCCUCUUGAUGUCGUGCAGGUUUGUGUGAGGAAGGUGCGGAACAAAGUGAUUGGACAAAUAGGAGAUGCUUUCUUGACAUAUGACCGGGUUACUGGUCAAUUCAGGGAUGCUGGUAAAGCCACCAUAGCAGCCGCAACGGCAGCAACAGCACAAACCGCAACGCGAAAAAACAGUUAUGGAAAGAGUACGAAGGACAAUGUGGCAUAUGAGAUGCCAGUUCCGCAUGUGGCUGAAGAUGACUCGGUUUCUGGUCUAGACUCUCUCUUUUAGGUCGGCCUUCUGCUGAAGACUAACUGCCUGGCACAAUCCUUAAUCCUGAAUUCAGUUUGCUCGGGUUUCAAUGGCUCAGAAGAAAUGGACAUGUUCUUGGGUGUUUUUCUCUACUUGUGUCAAUUGGCGCAAGUGAGAUGGCACCAUUGUUUCUGGGGAUGGCCUGUUGCAGCUAGGUUCACUGUUCACCUCAUACAUAGCGUACUUAUCUCUAGUUCUUCUGUGAUAUGGGGUUGGAAACCUCAAGUGCCUACUGUUCCUGCUGCAAAUGGGGUUGGAGGCUAACCUCAUUCGGAUGGAUACAAGAAAUUGGCGGGGUGGUGUAUAGUAAGCUUAUGUAAUUAAUUGCCACACCAGAAGCUAGCACAAUGAGCAGCUGGGUUAUCAUGUAGGCCUUUACAAAAAUUGUAGCAGUUGGAAGGGCAUCAAUUGAUAUCUGUUCACACUUCUAUACACCUGACCUAGUGACCUGGGAACCUAUAUUUAAUGUGCCAGAAUUGUGAAAUCAGGUGUUCGUUUCUUCGACCGGACACAUGCAAUGCAAUCUAUCAACCAUGUGCCGAGCAUUUUAAAUUGGCCACCUCCCC